GGUUGGUCGUGACGUGUUACACAGAGGGCGCAGGAAGCGGUGACGUGCGGCGCCUGGGCCGAGCCGAGCCGAGCGGGGAAGAUGGGGAAGGCCGAGUUCCUGACGCCCAAAGCCAUCGCCAACCGCAUCAAGUCCAAGGGACUGCAGAAGCUGCGCUGGUACUGCCAGAUGUGCCAGAAGCAAUGCCGGGACGAGAAUGGCUUCAAAUGUCACUGCAUGUCGGAAUCCCACCAGCGACAGCUUCUUCUGGCUUCCGAGAACCCACAGCAAUUUAUGGAUUAUUUUUCAGAGGAGUUCCGCAAUGAAUUUCUGGAGUUGCUUAGAAGACGGUUUGGAACUAAACGUGUUCACAAUAACGUUAUCUACAAUGAGUACAUCAGCCACCGAGAACAUGUUCACAUGAAUGCAACAAUGUGGGAAACGCUGACUGACUUCACUAAAUGGCUGGGCCGAGAAGGAUACUGCAAAGUGGAUGAAACGCCAAAGGGCUGGUACAUUCAGUACAUCGACCGUGAUCCAGAAACCAUCUGCAGGCAACAGGAACUGGAGAAAAAGAAGAAACAGGAGCUGGACGAUGAGGAAAGAAACGCCAAGUUUAUUGAAGAACUCGUCAGAAGAGGAAAGGAAGGGAAAGAGGAGGAAGCUCCAGUUUUUACGGAACUGAAAAGAGAAAACGAGGAAGAGAAAGUUGCCUUCAAUUUAAACAAAGGACAAUGUGCUUCGACACCGGCUCCGAAAUCGAGUAGCCUGGGACCAAAUCCGUUGCAAGCAAUACCUUCAGUGAAACGCAAGGAAGCGGGCCCCGCUUCUUCAUCAGAGACUAAAGACAAGAAGAAAAAAUCUGCAUUGGAUGAAAUAAUGGAGUUUGAAGAGCAGAAAAAGAGAAGUCUUCGGAGAGACCACUGGCUUCACACCGGAAUUGUUGUUAAAUUAAUAACCAAGAAACUUGGUGAAAAAUAUUACAAGAAGAAAGCAGUGAUAAAGGAAGUGCAAGAAAAGUAUACAGCGAUUAUCAAAAUGAUCGAUUCUGGAGACAAGCUGAAAGUUGACCAGACGCAUUUGGAGACGGUCAUCCCAGCCCCUGGUAAGAAGCUACUCGUUGUCAAUGGCGGUUACCGGGGAAACGAGGCCAUUCUGAAUUCCAUACACGAACAAAGUUUCAGUGCCACAAUAAUAAUCGAUUCUGGACCUCUACAAGGACGGAAGGUUGAAAGUGUACAAUACGAAGAUAUUUCAAAAUUGGCUUAAAAAACUCUUCAGAGCUGCUUGCUUGAUAUUUUGACAGUUCAAAGCAUCAUGUUGGUGUCCAAUGAUUGUUCCCCCCAGUGCAAGCUCUACUGUGUCAGAGCUUUAGAACACAUUCAUCUCUAAUGUAUAUUUUGCAUUCCUCUGCUUCAUUCUCCUCCCCAUCUCAACCUAUUAAGAGAAUGUUAUUCCUACUUCUUUAUUUUUAGAUGUGUUGAGAAUGGCGGGGGGGGGGGGGGGGGGGGGGGGCGGCAGUGGCGCAGCGGGUAGAGCCACUGUCUCACAAUGCUAGAGACGUGGGUUCGAUCCUGACCUCGGGCUGCUGUCUGUGUGAGGUUUGCACGUUCCCACUGUGAAUGCAUGGGCCCAGUUUCAUCCCACAUCCCAAAGACAUGCGGGUUUCUAGGUUAAAUGACUCUCUAUAAAUUGCCCCUAGUGUGGUAACAUGGAACUAAUGUUGAUGGGUGAUAUCGAAGGUCAGUGCGGACUCGAUGGGCCGAAGGGCCUGUUUCCAUGCUGUAUCUCUAAAUUGAACUAGACUCUGGCGAAUACUACAUUUGCAGGCUUUAGCUAUUUGUGUUUUUGAUAGGGCACAAAUGUCAGUCAAACUUGUUAAUUUAUAUAUUUGGACGGGAAAGAAUAAAGCUUUAUUCUCAAUUAAAUAA